AUGGCGACUGUUGUUCGUGGUCGUGGAAGAGGAAGGGGUUUAUCGUCCAGGGACCUGGCCGAUGGUGCAGUACCUCGCCCUGGAGAUGGAGAUUCGUCGAGAAAUUCGUGUUCGAAGCAGAUUCAAGAUCAUUACAUGGACAACCAUGACAAUCAAAAAGAUUACCAGAAAGCUCCUGGAGCACAUAAACUGUGGCAACAUAUUCAGGCUGCUAAGAAGGUGUCAUCAAACGGUAGCUCCACCAACUCACAGAGUUUGACAGAAAUUGAAGACCUUAUAAGUAAUUUAAACCUAGACAUAACAGACAUGGAGUUGGAAACUUUACUCGAACUUGCCCAGAACUCGCCAUCAGAUGAUGCAUCAAUCAAGAAAAUGGCGGAAAUUGUCUAUACUAAAUGUGUAAAAGACAGGGAAUUUUCGAAAACGGGUGCUUUCAUUUGUGAUAAACUUGCAGCAGUAGAAAAUAAUGGAACAAAAUUUAGGUCCUCUUUACUUUCACUUGUGCAGAUGGAUUAUAAAGAAAAAGACAGACUCAGGGCGGAAUCUGUCUCAAAGUUCCUCAACUCAUUCAGUCUGAUGUGUCAGAUAUUUGGAACUAUGAGAACGGCAGGGGGAGAAGUGUUCAAGCCGCUGGUGGGGCCAGUAUUUGAAUGUUUUCAACUCAUUCUUGAUGACAAACGUUGCAAUACUGACGAAUAUGAGUGUGUAUGUGAGCAGCUACAGUGUAUUGGGCGUGACCUUGAACAAAAUGAUCGCGAAAAAAUGGAUCAGCUUAUGGAGAAGAUACGGACAAAAAUUAUCAGAGACGGGGCUAGUCCACAAGCUAGAUGCUCAUUACUUGAACUCAUGGAGUGUUACUGCAGAGGAUGGAAAGCACUGUCCAACGAUGUUACACGCUUCUACUAUGAUACCAGCAUGGAUAUUUUAACAGAUUGAAGAAAACUGUACAUACUGUAUGGGCGGGUUUAUUGGCAGUGUAGAAUGGCACAUUGGUUAAAGAAUCGUGGUUUUAGAAGAAUACAAAGAGAUUAUCAUGGUGGGCUUAUUUCAAUUCGCAGUUUAAGACAAGAAUGCAAAACAUCUGCAAAAAUUAUACCAUUUGUAUUAUGAUUCUACCACUCUAUGAUUCUAUGAUAUCAACCAACUGAAGUUCGUAUUCUCUUAUUCCACAUAACAGCGGAAAAUAAGCACAUUUGGCUAAAUAUAAAAUUAUUAAAGCAGAUAAAAAAGUCCAUUAGGAACGGUUUUAUUUUGCUCAAAAAGUUAUCAUUUGCUUUACUGUUUAAAAGUUGUUGAUUCUACAGGACAAAUUCUACUACACUACAAUUAUAGAAAGGGCAUUUCUUUGGUCUGAUAUAAACUUGCAUUAUAAGAGAAGGGACAGUGAUGUUGAAUAGGGACGGUGAUGUUGAAUGGGGUGACGCACACUGUUAUUAUUGGUCUUGCAUAAAUAGAGCAGUAAUAGAGGUCUUUGGGCAAUUAGAUACACCUAUAGCAUCUAUCAAGUGAAUUGAAGGCUGCAGUUACUUUAAACUUAUUUUCCUAGGUCAAGGGUGGAUUUACUCUAAUAAUUGAAACAAGACUACUGCCUGAUAGCAUGCUUUUUGUAUUAUGAAGAAACACAUCUCUGUCAGCAAUAUUAGAGUAGAAGAAUAUUGUUAAGAUUCAUGUUAGAUUUCUUUCUUUGCUCAGUUGAGGAUGUAAAUUUAGAAAGAUGCUAUAGUGUUUCUUUUAUGUGUGCAUGGGUUGAUCAAUUUACUCUUUGUUAAAACAUUGUAUUUCUCUGUCAUUUUUAUGUCCCCCACUAUAGUAGUAUAGUAGUGGGGGACAUAUUGUUUUUGUCCUGUCUGUUGGUUGGUUGGUCUGUUUGCGCCAACUUUAACAUUUUGCAAUAACUUUUGCUAUAUUGAAUAUAGCAACUUGAUAUUUGGCAUGAAUGUGUAUCUCAUGGAGCUGCACAUUUUGAGUGUUGACAGGUCAAGGUCAUCCUUCAAGGUCAGAGGUCAAAUAUAUGUGGCCAAAAUUGCUCAUUUUAUGAAUAAUUUUGCAAUAUUGAAGAUAGCAACUUGAUAUUUGGCAUGCAUGUGUAUCUCAUGGAGCUGCACAUUUUGAGUGGUGAGCAUGUGUAUCUCACGGAGCUGCACAUUUUGAGUGGUGAAAGGUCAAGGUCAUCCUUCAAGGUCAGAGGUUAAAUAUAUGUGGCCCAAAUCGCUUAUUUUAUGAAUACUUUUGCAAUAUUGAAGAUAGCAACUCGAUAUUUGGCAUGCAUGUGUAUCUCAUGGAGCUGCACAUUUUGAGUGGUGAAAGGUCAAGGUCAUCCUUCAAGGUCAGAGGUCAAAUAUAUGUGGCCCAAAUCGCUUAUUUUAUGAAUACUUUUGCAAUAUUGAAGAUAGCAAUGCAUGUGUAUCUCAUGGAGCUGCACAUUUUGAUGGUGAAAGGUCAAGGUCAUCCUUCAAGGGGUAUUGAAGCUAGCAAUUUUAUAUUUAAAAUGCAUGUGUAUCUCAUGGAGCUGCACAUUUUGAGUGGUGAAGGGUCAAGGUCAAGGUCAUUCUUCAAGGUCAAACGUCAUAUAGGGGACUUUGUGUUUUACAAACACAUCUUGUUGAGUGUGAUUUUUGACACUAGUCAAGGCAUUUCUAGACUCUCUUUUGAUAUGCACUUAAUCACUAGUUACUGUUGUUUCUGGAUUCCAAUAUGAUAUAGAUACUUAAAAUUGUGCAAUUUAGUGUAUAAUAUCGUCAGCUAUGAUAAUGACAUUUUUUUAUUGCUUCAUACAAUAUAUGCAUUAAGUCAAUAUUAAUUAGUUUGGGGAUUCUAAAUGAUACAGGUACUUAAAAAUGAUUUAUUGAAUUAUUCAGUCAUGAUUGUGACAUUUAAUAUUUUUUACUGAUCUAUUGGGUCACAUAUAGUUCCAAGUAUACUGAACCAAAAAGAGUUUUACCGAGGAAGAAUACUUAAAAGUUUAUUAAGGUUUAACUGCAUUUAUUUGUUUAAGUGGUUGUAAUAGGUAAAUUUAUAAAUCUGCAAUUAGCUGAUGCAUUUUUACAAAACAGAGCAAUUGCACAAUAAAUACUAAAAGGAGUAUUUGGUCUACCAAAACCAUGACCAUGUGGCAUUAAUUCAUUUAAAUUUCUUCUUUGGUUAAGUAUAGAAAUUUCUUCAUUAAUUCUAUGGUAUUAGAACAAAAUUAGAGUUUAAUAACCCCAGUAGCUUUCACGCUAUUUGGUACUGACUAAUAAAUGUAAUAAUUGUUAUAAAUUAUUUUAAUUGAUUGGUGAUGCACUGAAAGUUUAAAUGAUACAUGCAUGGUAUUAUUACAUCUAUAUUUUGAACAUAUGAUCAUUUCACUGUUUUUUUUUUAUUUAUGUUAUUUGCCACAUCAGAAUUGAAGGAGCAUAUCCGAAUACAUGUAUGUUGUAACAUGUGAACAAUUCUAAAUCUUCUUUUACUUGUUGAUUACUUUUAUUUAUUUAUUAAGUAACAAUGCCUUAUUAAUAUUCAUAAUUGGUAAAACAAUUCAUUAAUAUAUAUACAACAGUUUUCAUGCUAGCCUUUAAUUAUGCCCCCCUUCGAAGAAGAGGGGGUAUAUUGCUUUGCUCAUGUCGGUCUGUCGGUUGGUCUGUCGGUCGGUCCGUCCACCAGGUGGUUGUCAGACGAUAACUCAAGAACGCUUGGGCCUAGGAUCAUGAAACUUCAUUGGUACAUUGAUCAUGACUUGCAGAUGACCCCUAUUGAUUUUGAGGUCACUAGGUCAAAGGUCAAGGUCACUGUGACCAGAAAUAGUAAAAUGGUUUUUGAAUGAUAACUCAAGAACGCAUAUGCCUAGGAUCAUGAAACUUCAUGGGUAGAUUGAUCAUGACUUGCAGAUGACCCCUAUUGAUUUUGAGGUCACUAGGUCAAAGGUCAAGGUCACGGUGACCCGAAAUAGUAAAAUGGUUUCCGGAUGAUAACUCAAGAACGCAUACGCCUAGGAUAACAAAACUUCAUGGGUAGAUUGAUCAUGACUCGCAGAUGACCCCUAUUGAUUUUGAGGUCACAAGGUCAAGGUCACGGUGACCCGAAAUGGUAAAAUGAUUUUCGGAUGAUAACUCAAGAACGCUUUUGCCUAGGAUCAUGACACUUCAUAGGUACAUUGAUCGUGACCCGCAGAUGACCCCUAUUGAUUUUCAGGUCACUAGAUCAAAGGUCAAGGUCACAGUGACAAAAAUCGUAUUCACACAAUGGCUGCCACUACAACGGACAGUCCAUAUGGGGGGCAUGCAUGUUUUACAAACAGCCCUUGUUUUGAAUGAUUUAUAUAUUUGGUUAUUGGAUUUAAAAAUAAAUCUGUUUUAUGAAAGCAUUAUGAUUCUGUAAGGUUGUUUUAACGUGCCAAUUGGUACAAUCUAAUUUUAUUGUUUCAAUACCCAAUUGGAGUGUGAAAAUUGCACACUUGAAAGAAAAUGAUUUAACACUACAUGCAUACCCUUAUGUAUGGGUUGAGACAGAGUGCGAUGCCCUUUUAAUGUACUUGUAGACCUCAAUGUUUUUUUCAUAUAUAAAGUACCUGGUUAUUUCUAAUUCUGUUCCUACCUAUGGCAAACAUAAAUAGAAAAUUGCUUGUUAAAAAGUGUGAUGUAUUUUGCUUUUUACAUAUCAAUGUAAUUUUUGAAUGUUAGCAACAUGUUUUUUAUAUGUAAAUAAUGUUCUGUACAUGUAAAUAAAUCUGUUGGCAAGGUCAAAUACAAAAUGUGGUGUUUCCAGAAGCGAUUCUCUACAACGCAAAAAGAAAACUAGCCCAAUAAUAAUUGAUGUUCAUUUUAUUUAUUACAUGUUUUAAAGAUUGAACAAUCUCUUCAUUACAUGUAUUUUUGUUUAGACGACAGCUUGAAACACAAAAUUUUAAUAAUUUUGGCUUUGGUGAGAUUUUCUGUGAAAAAUGAACAAAUAAAAACUUAGAAAUUCA